GUAUAUUACGGAAAUCAUAAAUUUUUUUUUUGAAAAAUUCAUAAUAAAAAACAAAAAAUAUGAAAUCAUUGCACCCGUUGUUGUUGGCGGCGGCUAUUGUCAGCUUCGGUGGAUCUCUGGUCUGGACGGCUAACGUUCCCAUUAAAGCACAAUUACAAGCCGAUCCUAAUUGUACUGUUCAUAAGGAUUGUGAGUCAUGUGUUGGAGAAACUGGUUGUGCUUUUUACUAUUGCGGUGACAAAGUCAAAGAAUCGUCUAAUCAAACAAUUUGCGAGACAGCACAUGAUCCCAAACCAAAGACCAGGUGUACGGCUGGCAAAUGGAUUAGAUUGGAUAACAGUGCCAGUUGUGCACCUGUAUGGACAACAACAACAACAACCACCACUCCUACCACUACUACUACAACGACAACAACAACAACUACUACACCCAAACCUACUACUACUACUACUAUCAGCACAACAACAACAACCACAACAACACCAAAGCCGGACACACUACUACUACCCCCAAACCGUCGACCACUACAACAUCAGUACCUAUGACUACAACAAACAAACCAGAACCGGCACCUCAACCAACAACACAGGGACCCGAUSAUCAUCAUCAUCCAGACACCGAUAGUUCAAAGUUGAGCGCCGGUACUAUUGCUGGUAUAGUACUAUCCAGUCUGGUAGUGGUCGCACUGUUAGGUUUUGUAUCCUAUAAGAAGAUAAUGAAGAUAUAUAGGGCUCGUAAUCCUUAUCGUACUCUCGAUGARUGAAAACAAUAGUUUU